GUCAACAGAGUAAAGAUCUUUGUUCUGUGUCCACAUUGACUGAAUCCCCCUUUGUCAGAGGACCUUCAAUCACAAUGGGUGACGCUCUCAUGGCCGAGUUUGGGAAGGCCGCUCCAUUUCUGAGGAAGUCGGAUAAGGAGCGCCUGGAAGCCCAGACCAGGCCUUUUGACAUCAAGACAGAGUGCUUCGUAGUCGACAACAAAGUAGAAUAUGUCAAAGGGCAGAUACAAAGCAAAGAAGGGGGAAUGGUGACGGUGAAGAAGGAGGACCAGACCGUGGUGACCGUCAAAGAGGCAGAUGUCCACCCGCAGAACCCGCCGAAAUAUGACAAGAUCGAAGACAUGGCCAUGUUCACGUUCCUCCACGAGCCAGCUGUGCUGUUCAACCUCAAAGAGCGUUACGCGGCCUGGAUGAUCUACACCUACUCAGGGCUGUUCUGUGUGACGGUGAACCCAUACAAAUGGCUUCCAGUCUAUGACUCUGCGGUUGUGUCUGCCUACAGGGGAAAGAAGAGGGCCGAAGCCCCACCUCACAUCUUCUCCAUCUCUGAUAAUGCCUACCAGUAUAUGCUCACUGACCGGGAGAAUCAGUCUGUUCUCAUCACCGGAGAAUCUGGUGCUGGGAAGACCGUCAACACCAAGAGGGUCAUCCAGUACUUUGCCAGCAUUGCAGCAGUCAGUGGUGUUAAGAGGGAUCCCAGCAAGGGGACCCUAGAAGAUCAAAUCAUCCAGGCCAACCCUGCACUGGAGGCUUUUGGUAAUGCCAAAACAGUUAGAAAUGACAACUCAUCACGUUUUGGCAAAUUCAUCCGUAUUCACUUUGGAACAAGUGGAAAACUGUCCUCUGCUGAUAUUGAGACUUACCUUCUUGAGAAGUCCCGUAUCACCUUUCAGCUCAAAGCCGAGAGGAACUACCAUAUUUUCUUCCAGAUAUUGUCCAACCAAAAGCCAGAGCUGCUGGACAUGCUGUUAAUCACCAAUAACCCAUAUGACUACUCCUACAUCUCUCAAGGAGAGGUAACAGUAGCAUCCAUCAAUGAUUCUGAUGAACUGUUGGCUACUGACAGCGCCUUUGAUGUACUCGGCUUUACUGCAGAGGAGAAACAGGGGGUCUACAAGUUGACAGGUGCCAUCAUGCACUAUGGCAACAUGAAGUUCAAACAAAAGCAGCGGGAGGAGCAGGCAGAGCCUGACGGUACAGAAGCUGCUGACAAGUCAGCAUACCUAAUGGGCAUUAACUCUGCAGAUCUCAUUAAAGGACUUUGUCAUCCCAGAGUCAAGGUUGGCAAUGAGUAUGUUACCAAAGGUCAAGGAGUAGAUCAGGUCUACUACUCCAUCGGUGCACUGGCUAAGUCAGUGUAUGAAAAGAUGUUCAACUGGAUGGUGGUAAGAAUCAACCAUUCCCUUGACACAAAACAGGCCCGUCAGCAUUUCAUAGGAGUACUGGACAUAGCUGGAUUUGAGAUAUUUGACUUCAACACUUUUGAACAGCUCUGCAUCAACUUCACGAAUGAGAGACUGCAACAGUUUUUCAAUCAUCACAUGUUCGUACUUGAGCAAGAAGAGUACAAAAAGGAGGGCAUUGAAUGGGAGUUCAUCGACUUUGGGAUGGACUUGCAGGCUUGCAUUGACCUAAUUGAAAAGCCACUUGGAAUCAUGUCAAUUCUAGAGGAAGAGUGCAUGUUCCCAAAGGCCAGUGACCAGACGUUUAAGGCUAAGCUAUACGACAACCAUUUGGGCAAGAACAAAAUGUUUCAAAAGCCCAUUCCAGGGAAGGGCAAAGCAGAGGCACACUUUGCCUUGGUCCACUAUGCUGGCAUUGUUGAUUACAACAUUACUGGCUGGCUGGUGAAGAACAAAGAUCCACUGAACGAAACAGUGUGUGGUCUUUACGCAAAAUCAUCCCUCAAACUCCUGAGUCAUCUUUUUGCAGUAGUAGCCACUGAGGGGGGGGACAAAGUUUCUGGGAAAGGAGCCAAAAAAAAAGGGUCCGCUUUCCAGACAGUAUCUGCGCUUCACAGGGAAAACCUAAACAAGUUGAUGUCCACCCUGAAAACCACCCAUCCACACUUUGUCCGCUGCUUGAUCCCAAAUGAGAGCAAAACACCAGGGAUCAUGGAAAACUCUCUUGUGAUGCACCAAUUGCGCUGUAACGGUGUGCUGGAGGGCAUUCGGAUCUGCAGAAAAGGCUUCCCGAACAGAGUCCUCUACGGCGACUUCAAACAGAGAUACAGAAUCCUGAAUGCAUCUGUCAUUCCUGAGGGCCAGUUCAUAGACUCAAAGAAAGCCACUGAAAAACUGCUGGGUUCGUUAGACAUUGAUCACAGUCAGUAUAGGUUUGGCAGCACCAAGGUUUUUUUCAAAGCGGGCUUGCUGGGUACGUUGGAAGAGAUGCGAGAUGAGCAACUCUCCCGUAUUAUCACCAUGAUCCAGGCCAAUGCCAGAGCCAUUCUCAUGAGGGCAGAAUACCAGAAGCUUGUGGAACGCAGGGACGCUCUACUAGUCAUACAGUGGAACCUUCGCUCCUUCUUAGGGGUCAAGAACUGGCCCUGGAUGAAGCUGUUCUUCAAAAUCAAGCCACUGCUGAAGAGUGCUGAGUCUGACAAGGAGAUGGCAAACAUAAAGGAGGAGUUCACUAAGGUAAAAGAGGCCUUUGAUAAAUCUGAAGCGAGAAGGAAGGAGCUUGAAGAGAAGGUGGUCAGUAUUCUCCAAGAGAAGAAUGAUCUGCUUCUACAAUGCCAGGCUGAGCAAGAUACGCUAACAGAUGCUGAAGAGCGCUGUGAGCAGCUCAUAAAGAGUAAGAUCCAAAUGGAAGCAAAAUUGAAAGAACUAACAGAACGACUGGAGGAUGAAGAGGAGAUGAAUGCAGAUCUCACAGCAAAGAAACGAAAGCUUGAGGAUGAGUGUUCUGAGUUGAAGAAAGAUAUAGAUGACCUCGAGAUGACAUUAGCCAAGGUUGAGAAAGAGAAGCAUGCCAUAGAAAACAAGGUGAAAAACCUCACAGAGGAGAUGGCUUCACAGGAUGAAAAUAUAAUGAAGCUCACCAAAGAGAAGAAGGCACUCCAAGAGGCUCAUCAGCAGACACUUGAUGAUCUUCAGAGUGAGGAGGACAAAGUCAACACUUUGACCAAAGCUAAAGCCAAGCUGGAACAGCAGGUAGAUGACCUUGAGGGCUCCCUGGAACAUGAAAAGAAAAUCAGAAUGGAACUUGAGCGCUCCAAGAGAAAGCUUGAGGGAGACCUAAAACUUAACCAAGAGAAUUUAAUGGAUUUGGAGAAUGACAAACAGCAGCAAGAUGAAAAACUCAAAAAGAAAGACUUUGAGAUAAGCAGCCUGACUGGAAAGAUUGAGGAUGAACAGGUGGCUUGUGUUCAGCUCCAGAAGAAACUAAAGGAAAACCAGGCUCGAAUUGAAGAGCUUGAAGAGGAGCUGGACGCUGAGCGAGCAGCCCGAGCCAAAAUUGAGAAGCAGCGGUCUGAUCUUUCUCGUGAGCUAGAGGACAUAAGUGAACGUUUGGAGGAAGCAGGAGGGGCCACAUCUGCUCAGGUUGAACUCAACAAGAAAAGGGAGAAUGAAUUUCUGAAGCUUCGCAGGGACCUGGAAGAAUCUACACUUCAACAUGAAGCCACUGCUGCCUCCUUAAGGAAGAAACAUGCGGACAGUGUGGCUGAAUUGGGUGAACAAAUCGAUAACCUCCAACGUGUCAAGCAGAAGCUAGAGAAGGAGAAGAAUGAACUGAAGCUGGAGCUGGAUGACCUGUCCUCAAAUAUAGAGAGUGUGGUGAAGGCCAAAUCCAACUUGGAGAGGAUGUGCCGAUCAAUGGAGGACAAUAUGAACGAGUACAAGACCAAGUAUGAAGAGGCACAGAGAUCCCUAAAUGACUUUUCCUCUCAGAGGGCCAAACUCCUCACAGAAAAUGGAGAGCUAGGACGUCAGCUGGAGGAAAAAGAGUCCCUGAUUUCUCAACUUACCAGGGGCAAGAGCUCCUACACCCAGCAGGUGGAGGACAUGCGCAGGCAGCUCGAGGAGGAGGUCAAGGCCAAGAAUUCCCUGGCACACGCCUUGCAGUCUGCCCGUCAUGACUGCGACCUCCUCAGGGAGCAAUUUGAGGAGGAACAGGAGGCCAAGGCUGAGCUGCAGAGGGCACUGUCCAAGGCCAACACUGAGGUGUCCACAUGGAGAGCAAGGUAUGAGACGGAUGGAAUCCAGAAAACUGAGGAGCUGGAGGAGGCUAAAAAGAAGUUAGUCCAAAGACUGCAGGAAGCUGAAGAGGCAGUGGAGGCUGUAAAUGCAAAAUGUUCCUCCCUUGAAAAGACCAAGAGCCGCCUACAAAAUGAGAUUGAGGACCUGAUGUUGGAUCUUGAACGAUCCAAUGCAGCAUCUGCAGCUCUGGACAAGAAGCAGAGAACCUUUGACAAAGUCAUGGCUGAGUGGAAACAGAAGUACGAGGAGUCACAAUGUGAGCUCGAAGGAACCCAGAAAGAGGCUCGCUCGCUCAGCACUGAGCUCUUUAAAUUAAAGAAUGCCUAUGAGGAGUCUUUGGAUCACCUGGAGACCAUCAAAAGGGAGAACAAGAACUUACAGGAGGAGAUCUCUGACCUUACUGACCAACUUGGUGAGGGAGGGAAAAGCGCCCAUGAGUUGGAAAAGCUUCGGAAGCAGCUAGAGCAAGAGAAAGCAGAACUUCAGUCAGCCCUUGAGGAGGCAGAAGGUUCCCUGGAGCACGAAGAGAGCAAGAUCCUUCGGGCACAGCUAGAGUUCAACCAGAUGAAAGCAGAUAUUGAACGGAAGCUUUCCGAAAAGGAUGAGGAAAUGGAGCAGGCAAAGAGGAACAACCAGCGCAUUGUUGAGUCACUGCAAAGCUCCCUUGAGUCUGAAACCCGAAGCCGCAACGAGGCCCUGAGAAUCAAGAAGAAGAUGGAGGGUGACCUCAACGAGAUGGAGAUCCAGCUUAGCCAAGCCAACAGACAGGCAGCUGAUGCCCAAAAGCAGCUAAAAAUCACCCAGUCAUGCUUGAAGGAUGCACAGCUGCAACUGGAUGAUGCUACACAUGGGAAUGAAGACCUGAAGGAGAACAUUGCCCUUUUGGAGCGCAGGAACAAUCUGUUUCAAGCAGAGUUGGAGGAACUUCGGGCUGUUUUAGAGCAGACCGAGCGAGGUCGCAAGCUGGCUGAACAAGAGCUGUGUGAAACAUCAGAGCGCAUGCAACUUCUACACACUCAAAAUACCAGCCUUGUUAACCAGAAGAAGAAACACGAGGCUGAUCUACUCCAACUGCAGACCGAAUUGGAAGAUGUGGUACAGGAGAACCGCAAUGCUGAAGAAAAGGCCAAAAAGGCCAUCACUGACGCAGCCAUGAUGGCAGAGGAGCUGAAGAAGGAGCAGGACACCAGUGCCCACCUGGAGCGCAUGAAAAAGAACAUGGAGCAGACUAUCAAGGACUUGCAGCAUCGACUGGAUGAGGCAGAACAAAUUGCAAUGAAGGGCGGAAAGAAGCAGCUUCAAAAGCUAGAGGGACGCAUUAAGGAGCUGGAAAGCGAGCUGGAGGAGGAGCAGAAGCGCGGCACUGAGUCCAUCAAGGGGGUGCGCAAGUACGAGCGGCGUAUCAAGGAGCUCACCUACCAGACGGAGGAAGACCGCAAGAACAUGGCACGCAUUCAGGAUCUAGUGGACAAGCUGCAGCUGAAGGUGAAGGCCUACAAGCGUGCCUCAGAGGAAGCCGAAGAACAGGCCAAUGCCAAUCUGGCCAAGUUCCGCAAGCUGCAGCAUGAGCUGGAGGAAGCUGAAGAGCGAGCAGAUAUUGCGGAGUCUCAGCUGAACAAACUCCGGGCCAAGACCAGGGACGGAGGCGGCAAGAAGGGCUUGGAUGAGUGACGGCGUUCCAAAAUAGCAACAUCCAAGGUUUGUUGUCCAGAAUAAACAGCCAUUUGUUUCUCACAAUGGCCCUAAAAAAAAAAUUCUGUGCUACUGAAUUCACAAUGUAUUACACAAUUAGAAAGAAAAUACCAUAGCUGAUUAAGAGAAAAAUAAAUUGCUUUAUGGCCUAGGCAUGUAUUUGCUGUUGUGAACAUGCAUUACAUCAGAAACAUGCAUAGAGGGAUAUUAAAGUGUGUGUAGAGGGAAGGUGUAAUGCAUUGUUGAUCUAAAUCAGAGAUAAGAAAUGUUUUGCUUUCAACAAAGAAGUGUUGGCUUUUUCUGUCAGAUAGUUUGAAGUCCUGUGUCUGUUGAUCUUUUAACUUAAAACAUAACACUGUUUUUGAACUUCAGGUGAGAUGGUUCCGCACAAUCUAUUGGCCACAGAAAACUGUAAUAAAGGGUUAAGUUCUUUCAUAAACUGCCAUUACAAACUAACCUAAGCUUAAGCUUGUUAAAAAUCCAUGGAUGUAACUGGGGUGUGUGAGCAUUUUAAAUUGUUAUUGCCAAAUAUCUUUAAGAUACAUCACAGCAAAUAUUGACUUGAUUUCAAGUGACUUGGAGACUUUGUUUAAAACAUGCUCACACGACCUGAUUACUAUUUUUAGCUAAUGGUAGAAAUGUUUGAACUUUGUAAGCAUAGUGAAAACUAAAUUAUGGAUUACAGUUUCCUCCAUCUAACAUCAUAAUGGAAAAAAGCUAAAUUCACCUUUAUUUCGAAAUAAGCAGUUGACAUGCAUCUGUUCCAACGUGUCCACUGUCAAUGAAAUAAUGUCCACUGUCAAUGUGAUAAUGUCCACAGUCAAUGUAAUAAUGUCCACAGUCAAUGAAAUAAUGUCCACUGUCAAUGUGAUAAUGUCCACAGUCAAUGUAAUAUUGUCCACAGUCAAUGAAAUAAUGUCCACUGCCAAUGUGAUAAUGUCCACUGUCAAUGUGAUAAUGUCCACAGUCAAUGUAAUAAUGUACACUGUCAAUUAAAUAACAUCCACUGUCAAUUAAAUAAUUUCCACUGUCAAUGUGAUAAUGUACACUGUCAAUUAAAUAAUGUCCACUGUCAAUGUGAUAAUGUCCACAGUCAAUGUAAUAAUGUACACUGUCAAUUAAAUAAUGUCCACUGUCAAUGUGAUAAUGUCCACAGUCAAUGAAAUAAUUUCCACUGUCAAUUAAAUAACAUCCACUGUCAAUUAAAUAACGUUCACUGUCAAUGUAAUAAUGUCCACUGUCAAUGUGAUAAUGUCAACAGUCAGUGUAAUCAUUUCUACUGUCAAUUAAAUAACAUCCACUGUCAAUUAAAUAAUGUUCACUGUCAAUUAAAUAAUGUCCACUGUCAAUGUAAUAAUGUAAACUGUCAAAGCAGUAAUCUCCACUGUCAAUGUAAUAAUGUCCACUGUCAAUGUAAUAAUGUCCACUGUCAAUGUAAUAAAUGCCAAAUAAUCUGAAAAUGUUUAAAGUGCAUAAAAUGAAGGUGAUAAUAAAUGCUGCCACCUAUGUGCCAUAACGUAAUAAGUAUUCCUUCAAAAGAAUCAAAUGAAAGUAUUAACUUUGUAGAAAAUAAAACACUAUCCUGCACUAAA